AUAUCCGCUUUCUUCCCGCAUUCCCCAACCUUGCGUUGACGAGUGAACAUGGCUACUGCAGCUGAGAAAAACAGAGGGGAGCUGCAGAAGGAAUUGGUCUGUGCCAUCUGCCUGGACUAUUUCAACGACCCAGUGAUUUUGAAAUGCGGUCACAAUUUCUGCCGUGUGUGCAUCCUUAUGCACUGGGAAGAAAACGGUGGCGAUGAUAUUGGUUAUCAAUGCCCGGAGUGCAGAAUGGUAUUUGGUAAGAUGAGCUUUACCAAGAAUUACCUGGUCAAGAAUUUGGUCGACAAAUUAAGUGAAUUUGACUGUCUGAAGACAGUCAAGCCAGCUGCUCCAUCAAAGUCCAUAAAAAUGGAUGGGAAAUGUGAGAGACAUAACGAGGAACUGAAGUUGUAUUGUCACAGCGAUAGUAAACCCAUCUGCGUUGUGUGCAGGGAGUCGAGGGCACAUAGACACCAUGAAGUGGCGCCUUUACCAGAAGUCAUUGAAGACAUGAAGAGUGAGUUGAGGAUGAGGCUUAUCAAGCUGAACUGGCAGAAGUCGAUGUGUUCAAGAGUGAAGGCCAUUGACGAGCAGGCCAAGAAUGAUGCCAAGAUGAAGAAGCAGGCGUUGAAGGAGAAGAUCGAGGAGGACGUGGGAGCGAUGGUACAGUUCCUCCUGGACGAGAAGGACGAUCUCCUGGAGAGUCUGCAGGCAGAGGAGGUGGCCACUGUGGCCUUGCUCGACGACAACCUCAAGCUGGUGAGCAGCGAGGAGGUGUCUGUGGACAAGGCCAUCACAGACAUCCAGAACCAGCUCAGCGACUCCGCCAACUUUGAGGCCAUUCGGAAGUUGUAUACCAGGUGGGUUCAAUGUCCAUUUCAAGGAAGUAGCUCUGUGACGGCCACCAACUGUCCCCCAGACUGGACCGAGUUCACAGGACCAUUCCAGCUCAUCAUGUGGAAGAAGAUGAUGCAUGUCUUACAUACAAUGCCUCAGAAUCUCACGCUGGACCUGGACACGGCACACCCCUGCCUGGCCAUCAGCGACUUCGACACCAAGGUGGAGGAGGGCCGCACGCGCUCGCAGGAGGCCGACGUGCCGCAGCGCUUCACGCGCUUCUUCGGCGUGCUGGCCACGGCGCAGUACUCCAGCGGUCAGCACUACUGGGAGGUGGACGUGCGCGACAAGGGCGUCUGGUACCUGGGCGUCACCACCGAGUACAGCAACCGCAAAGGCUUUGUCAACCUCUCGCCGUCCGCUGGCUACUGGAGCCUGUGCCUGCAGGACCGGCUGUACGCCAACGAGGAGGACGCCCGCAUCCCCGUGGCCGACUAUUGGAACUCGCCGCGCGUGGGCGUCUUCCUGGAUUAUGACCGCGGCCGCGUGGCCUUCUACGACGCCGUCACCAUGAAGCGCAUCUACGCGUUCAACGCCUACUUUGACGAGCCCGUGUCCCCUUUCUUUAGCCCAGGGAAGAAUGACCCCGGCAGCCGGCUCCAGAUCUGCCACUACUACUGAGGGGGGGGGGGGUGGGGGUGGAGUCUGCUGGCCAACAACGUUUAGGGUUUUUAAAAAUGCUUAACAGAGCUGCAAACGCAGGUAGCGGAGGCAAACACAACUCCUCCAGGAUGUACCUAGUGUGUCGCCGCAUUUUACAUAUGAGGAGAGUUGUGACCAACAGCUGCCCUGUGUUUAACUCUUAGGAUGUGCAGAUUUUUCUGGGCUGCGAUGCAGUUGCUUUCUAGUGCUUUGGAUUCCCAGAAUGCCACGAUAUCAAUGGUCUUCAGACUAAGUGUUUUUAUUUGAGUUGGAGUUGGAGAAUCCAUGUAGCCCUACAACCACAAUCAGGUAGAUGUACUGCAAGUCAGCUUUUGACCUCAGUGUUUCUGUUACUUUAAAGAGUUAAUUUCAAAUAAAUCAGCUACCCCUUACAAUUAUAUUUUCCUGUAAUUAUAUUCAUUCGCCAUUGAAAUGUCAUUGUAAAUAAUUGGUUGUGCACACUAUUUGCCACAAUUUAAAUAUUAGCUUAUUUCAAUUAUUUUAAUUUCAUGUUACUCAGUUUUAUUUUCUUUUAAAGCAAAAGCCUGGUUACAGUUUUAUAAUUUCAUGAACUGUAUUUUUUCCUCUUCAUGACUUUUCAGUUUUGUGUAGACUUUAUUUACAUGAAGAAACAAACAUUUGUAAGUGCAGGCACUGGAAUAAUCUUUUAGUUACUUAAUGAUUGAUGAUUUUAGGAUACAAGGCAUUUAUGAUGUGCACCAAUGCUAUUUAUAAUAAGCCUUUUCCUACUCCAGGUUCCAAGGGGUGUGUGUGUGUGUGUGUGUGUGUGUGUGUGUGUGUGUGUGUGUGUGUGUGUGUGUGUGUGUGUGUGUGUGUGUGUGUGUGUGUGUGUGUGUGUGUGUGUGUCCCCAAAUUCUAAUGAGCUAUCUCAUGUUUAUCAAAGUUUUUUUUUGAUUUGGGCGUCAUUUCCUGAAUCUUCUAAGAUUAGUAGCUAUUGUAAUAGCAACCGUGAUUAUAUGUAUAUGAUAGAUAGACUUUGCAGACCUCAAUUACAGAUAUGAAAGAGUUUCUACGGAAGGCCACACAGAUGAGUGGCAUCUGAAAGUACACAAUGUACAGCAAAUCCAUUUAUCAUGUAUAAAGCUAUUUGUUAAACUGUUCCUUGGAAGACUGUACAUUUCAAGACACUAAAAUUUAGUAGCAAUAACUAUGAAAAGGAAACUUAUCCCAGGAGUAUUUCUUUUGGGUUAAUGAUUGGAUGGCAAAAAUAAAACUACCUGUACACAUAAAGGAAUGAAAACCUGUAAUUGCCAUAUCCAGUCCAAAGCUUCCCAAGCUUGUUUAUCCACAGACAUGCAAAAUUGUACCAUCACUAAAAUAUCCAUGCUUUGUUUUCACAAAAUCAAAGGGAGUUGCCAGUACCAAUGUCUAAUAAAGGAACUUUUCCUUGCAAAGGAGAGGAACAGCGCACCAUUGGUGCACCUCUAGUUUCACCUGUGUGUGUGUGUGUGUGUGUGUGUGUUUUGCGGGACCACAAGCCUUUGACUCUGUUUCAUGGAAGUCAUGUUUUAUGCUCAUAUUCACAUUGUCAAAACGACCAUGCUUUCUUAACCCCUCCCAUCAAGUGACCGGGUCUGGCACACUAGUUCCCUUUAAAUGUGCUUCUUUUCGUACUGUAUGUUUUCUAAGCCUUUCCUCCAGAUUAUGUUUUAUGGCUGUUUUUUUUGUGUUGUAAGUGCCCUGUUACAAGGUGUAUUGGACAUGUUAUGCCAUUGUGAAAUGUUGCUGAAGGGGUGGGGUAGGGUGGGGGUUGCACAUCUGAACUGUGAACAUUUUAACUUGUGUAUGAGAAUUAUGCUUUAGUAUAAAUACAAUAUGUAAUGAACCAUAACGGCAAUUUUAUGAUUUAAAAAAUAAAAUUUAACUGGAGAAAUGUA